AACGGCGAUGCGAUGUGCGCGGUCCGCGAUCGCGUUUCCGUGAAAAGUGAAAAUUCUUCAAGCUCUUAACGACCCGCGUGCGCCACACGGGAGCAAAGGCCACUAGGGAAAACCGACGACCCGUUGUUUUGCAGGAAGCAACGCGCAUUUGACAGUCAGCGCCAGCGAACGGGCCAUACGUCACACAUCGAUCCGUGACGUGUGACUUAGUAGUAGUAGUAGUAGUAGGCGCAGCAUUCUAUCUGAUUGACGUUCGGUGAUCGAGAUGGGCAACCAACCGACGAAACACUCGCCCGGUAGGCCGAAAAAGGCUGUCCAUUGGAAAUCGGCAGAGCCGCCGGCACCGCCGGGAAAACCGACACUCGUACCAGGGAGCCCUUCGUCGGCACCGGACAUUGUGACGAUCCGCUGGACACGUCCACCGACCGAUGGCGGGUCGGCCAUCCUCGGGUACGUGGUGGAGCAGCGGCGCACCGGAUCGCCGCACUGGGUCCGCGCCUGCCCCUCGCUCGUGCUGCAGACGGAACUCUCGCUGAGUGGCCUGGAGCCUGGCUGGCGCUAUCAGUUCCGGGUGAUGGCGGACAACAUCGUGGGCCGGUCGGAUGCCAGCGAAGCGUCGGACCCGCUCACCGUGACGCUCCAGCGGAACGCCAUCUCGGCACCCCGCUUCCUGCACGAACUGUUCGAUGCGACGGCGGUCGAGAACGAGAAGGUGGAGUUCCGGGUGCAGGUCGCCGGGACGCCGGUGCCGCAGAUUAGCUGGUUCAAGGAUGGGUUCGAGAUCUACAGUAGCCGCCGGGCGCGCAUCGUGACCGAGGCGGACGUCAGCGUGCUGGUCAUCCACCAGACGGCGCUCACGGACGAGGGCGAGAUCAAGUGUGCGGCGACGAACCGGGCCGGGCACAGCGUUACCCGGUGUCAGCUUACGAUCGACGCGUUUCCGAAGAUACGGCUGACGCGCCAGUACGAGGACGGUUUGAUCAUAGAGGCGGAGGAAGUGAUCCGCCUGAAGGUGGCCCUCGCCGGACGUCCACCACCGAUGGUCGAGUGGAGCCACAACGGGGAGCUGCUGGAGAACGACCGGCGACACGAGAUCGUGACGACGGACAAGAACUCCACGCUGAAGAUCGUCAACAGUGAGCGGGACGAUCGCGGCGAGUACCACAUCCGGGCGCUCAACAAGCUCGGCGACGACGUGGCGUCGUUCCUGGUGACGGUCACGGCCCGCCCACAGCCCCCGGGCCGCGUUACGAUCGCGCUCUCGUACGGCAAAACGGUCACCCUGAGCUGGGCCGCCCCGGACGACGACGGGGGCUGCAAGAUCGGGGCCUACAUCGUCGAGUACUACCGGGUCGGGUGGGACGUGUGGCUGAAGGCCGCCACCUGUCGCCAGCUGACAACCACGCUGUCGGAUCUGAUCGAGGGCUCCCAGUACCGCUUCCGGGUGAAGGCCGAAAACCCGUACGGGGUAAGCGAACCGAGCGACGAAUCGGACCUCCUGUUCGUAGCCGAUCCACGCCGCGGCAUUACGGAUGCAACGAAAAUCGCCUCUCCAUCGACGUUGCCCCGCAAACGGCGCGACCUAUCGCCGGUGGGGUCGGGUGCGAGACCCAAAAAAGCCUUCACUCCGGAACCGUACGGUCGGAACGAUAUCAUGCUCGAGAUGUCAUACGGGACGCCGAUCGAGCAGACAGCAAACCAGGGCGGCUACCAACAGCAGCCGAGUCCGCGCCCGGUACCGGAGGUAGUCAUCACAGAACCCCUGCAGUCCACUGCGCCCCUUGCCGAACCCGAAUCCGAAUCGGAACUCACGGACAGUGCGGCCGCGACAUCGAACCGUGCCUCACCGUUGCUCGUGUCAUCGUUGAAGGCGAUGCAAAAGUUCUCCAAAGAAUCGAGUCCGCUGUCGUUCCGGUCGGGAUCCGAGCGGGACCCAUCGCCGACGGCCAGCUCCACCAGCGCCACAAGCGCCAGCGAUCGCGGAAAGCCUACCGCGUCACCGACCGAGAAGUCCGAACCACGGACGAUCCACAACAGCUCCGAGUUCAUGUUGGUCCUGUACAAUGAGCAAGAAGCGAGAAAAAACACCCCGACCGGAAGAACAGCCCCGACGGGCCCACCGAUUCAGUGCCAGAGGGUGUGCUGGAAGUUCCACAAAGAUCGCUACUUUCUGCAGAGACUCCUCACGCGACGUGGUUGCUCUCGAACGCUCGGUUCCGGUAAUUCUACCUUCGACUUUGAACUGGACGAACUGGUGGCUCCACCGCCGCCACUGUCGUUGUCCGCGCCGGAACUCAACGUGGAACCACCGCCGGUACCGACGAUGCGUGCCGGUGUCAGCUCCACGGAGCUGCUGUACGAGCGGGCGAUGGCCCGCUUCUAUCAGGCCGUCGCCUAUGAGGAGUCGGAAAAUCAGCGCAAAGAAGCCGAAGAAGCGGAACAGCGCCGGCGCCAAAUCGAACAACCCGCGCUGGAUGAUAAGAACGCCGGAAACGCGACGGCAACCGUGAACCGCAGCCUGGUCGAUCGGAGAAGCAGCCUACGGAAGCGGCUGUCCGGUGAUAAGGACUCGAUCGUCAAGCAGUCCAGCUUUGAACAGGAUCCGGUCGUUCAGCAUCAGCCCCAGCAGCCCCAGCAGCAGCAGCAGCUUUCACAUUCCACACUCGCCGAAGAACCGAUCCCGGAGGAGCUGCCAGCGGAGGAUACGGUGCCGGAGGGGCACUCCGAUGACGAGGGGGCCGAAUCCGUCUCCUCCUCGAUGAGCUCGAUGAUCGAAGAGCUGAAGCGCCGUGAACUGGAGCACCAGCAACAGCUGCAGCAGCAGGCCAUGAAGCGGCGCGGCUUCAUGGACGACGAUCAAGUCGACGAGGAACCGUACCAUCCGGGGGUGCAGCGGAUGCGCUCGCCGUACCGAAACCCGGACCCGAGCCAGGCGAUCGAGGUGCUCACGGUACCGAUGCCCCUGCCGGAUCCCAACUUUGUGCCCAAACCGAUCCUUAAGCGACCCUCGACCGAGGUGCUGACCCAGAAUUUACCGGCACCCCCGGUGCUCCAAACGCGAACUCUCACACCGGACCGUCAGGUGUCGCCGGCGAAAGCGAGCCCCGUUCGGCAGAAAUCGCCAACACCCGAGCCAGUGACUGCGGCACUACCCCCGAAGGAACCGUCUCCGGCAAAGCAAACGAUCCCCGCGGUGACGCCGCCACUCGCCGAGAAGCAACCGCCGGCGGAAGAGGACAUCAAGCGGGCGAUCGUUUCGGAGGCGGCCCGCCAGCGGCGGCUCGAGACGCGCCAAAACUCGAUCGAGGAGUCACGUGCCGUGGCCGACUUCUACAGCGAAAUGGUGCAGCAAAUCGAGAGCUCCAAGAAACCGCGCAAGCUGCCCCUCUACAUGAGCCCGGACGAGGUACGCAAGCUGAACGAGCGCGAGCACUCGCGCCACUCGUCCCGCGCCGGCUCCAAAUCGCCGCUCACCCUCGAGGAUGCGUACGGCUCGCGGUUCCGCUCGUCCCGGUCACCCUCACUGACCACCACCACCGAUGGUCCGUCUGUGGUCGUACACCGUCCCGGCCGACCGGCGCGCGAAAGUAAAAUCCUUCGCGGGCGCUCGGCUUCCGUCGAAAGCGAUAUAGUCUCCAAAGGUCCACCGGUCCCAGUGGCCACCGCCGCUGCUCGGCCGCAAACGCCGAAGGACGAGCCCGCCCGGCCCAGCCGACCGGUGGAGAAAAAACGCACACCCGGUCCGCUCGGGAAUCGCUCGCGAUCUAACUCGGCCGCUCGGACCGCGGGGCCGGUUCAAGCUGUUUCAACAACGCUUGCCGCCAACAAUGGGAAGCCGCAAGUACCACAGAGCUCUCCAGCGGCUCCCGUUCGGACGAUCACCAACAAACAGCCGACACCGGAGCCACAACGGGUCACUAAAGUGCCGCCUGCCGCCAGCUCGUCGUCCGACCCGGAGCCACCGAUUACCGCCAAACCCGUGGAGGAGGGAUCCCUCAAGCCGACGGUGUCGUAUCUGACGGACGUGGCAUUGUUUGCGAUCGCCUGCUGGUUGUACCUCUUCAAGAAUCCGAAGCUGGCCCUACCGGUCAUCUUGCUGAUCAUGUACCGCCACAUCCGCGAGGCACUGAAGGACAAAAUGCCAGCCUGGAUGCGGCGUAAGGAGGGCGCGGCGAGCUGAGAGUCGGUACCCGUCCGAGUUCCUGAUAAAGACAUUGUUUAUUGUGGCAGCAGAAAGAAUGCCGACUUCGUGUUCCUCGCGCACCGUGUUCGCUGUUCUUUUGGUCGCGGUUUGUUUAAUCCGGGGCGCAGACUCUAGUUGUAAUGAGUGUGUGACUAGUCAUCGCUGACGGCGGUGCGCUACCACCACCCCGCGUCCGCGGGCCGAUAGUGUCCUGUUUUUAGACCGUUACGCACCACGUUCGUAGUGUACGCACCUAGUCCAGUGUGUGUGUGUGUGUUUGUGUGUUGUACGUUUCUACUUUUGUACGAUUUUCACCGUGAGACUGCACCAAAAGGGCCAACCAGGCGGAAGUCAACGAUAAGCGCGAACCCUGCACCUGCAGAGCACAACGGGAGACGUCUCGCAAGAAGUUGACCACCGACCGCAGUCUGUGACCCGCGGAGAUACGAAAGAGUGAUGGCCUCUUUUUAAAAGCGACCCCACCAUCCGAAGCGAAUGAUUAUUUUUGUUACCUCAAGUUAUUGCACCCGGCGCCGCAGCGAAGUGAUGCAAGUGCGGGUUGUUUUUGGGUGAGUUCGGCCCGUGGCCGAACGCGUUUAUACCAACAUUUGUACCAGCACACCCGUCACAUAUUUGUAAUGCGCGUUUAAUGUUAGUUAUUUAUUUGUAUAUAUCCGCGUUUUCCCUUUCGAGGCACGAGCACUAACGGAGAAAUAAAACGGAAGAA